AUGGUCGUCCAAGCUUCGCAGAAUGAGAAGCUCGACGACGUUGAUGUCGAAUUGAGCACACAAGAAGGACAAGUACAACGACCAAGAGAUCCGAAGAUGUGCCAUCACAACGCCCGACAAAAGUGCUCUCAUUGUUUGCCGAUUGAUCCAUACGAUGAAGAGUACCUCAAAUCAAAGGAUAUCAAGCACAUGUCUUUUCAUGCAUAUGUGCGCAAGUUGACUCAAGGACAUGGAAAGGGAUCAAAAGUGCGAAAACCGUUGGAGACGAUUCGGGUGAAAGUCGAUUUGACAUGCGAUGCGCAUAAACCAUUUCCCAAAGGAGUUUGUACUCGAUGCCGUCCACCUAUUAUGACACUGAAUCGUCAACGCUUUCGCCAUGUGGAUAAUAUUUCAAUGGAAAAUCAAGAUUUCGUUAACGAUUUCUUAAACUUUUGGCGGAAGAGUGGACAUCAGCGCGUUGGAUUUCUAAUUGGAAGGUACGAAUCUUUUCCGGAUGUUCCUCUUGGAAUCAAAGCUCAAGUUGUCGCCAUUUACGAGCCUCCACAAGCUACCAGUGACAAUGGAGUCAAGCUAUUGGAUGAUAAAAACAAGGAAAUGGUGGACAAGGUUUGCGAUUGGCUUGGUCUGAAGGUGAUCGGUUGGAUUUUCACGGAUCUCUGGUCUGCUGAUUUGAAGAAAGGCACCGUUCAUUGUACACGCAAUGCGAACUCGUAUUUGUUGUCGGCUGAGGAAUGCAUCACGGCAGGAUGGUUACAAAAUCAACACCCAAAUAUUACACAAUUCUCGUUGGAUGGCCAAUAUGGUUCCAAGUUUGUGACUGUUGUUGCAUCUGGUGAUGAGAAUCAAGAAGUUUCUUUCCAUGGAUAUCAAGUGUCAAAUCAGUGUGCUGCAUUGGCUGAGGCGAAUGUGCUCUGUCCGACUCAAUUCCCAGAAUUGGCGUAUAUUCGCGAGAAACCAUUGGACGAGUCACAGUACAUUACCGAUGUUCAGUUUACGAUGAAAAACGAAUAUGGCGCUGAAGUGACUAAAGAUGGGCGACCGCUUCCGGUUGAGUUUCUUCUCGUUGAUGUACCUGCUGGAAUGCGCAAAGAUCCGGCACAUACGUUCCAUCGACUGCAAACACACCAAUUCCACGUUGAGAAUCGAGAGACUCUCGGAGAAAUUCAAGGAGGACAAAACUUGACGGAGUAUUGCGAUCAGUUCUCGUUGAAUCAAUUCCUCGAACAAGCUACAAAUUUCCAUUUCUUGCUCUAUUUGGCCACGAAUGAUAUGGUUAAAUUCACGGAUGAAGAGUUGCAACAACUUUGCGAUUCGGUGCGUUACGUGGCACGGGAGCAGGCGAUGGAUUGGGCAAGGGAAAACGAGAAAUGGCAUACUCUUGUCGCUCUAUCACAUCAACAACAGGCCCAAGGAGGGCCAGCGAUUCCAACAACUUCAUCUGGUGGCCAGUCGUCAAAAUGGGAUUGUCCUCAUUGCACGUACCACAACGACGAUGUGCUCACUGAAUGUUCGAUGUGUGGAUUGCCUCGUGAA